AUGGCUGAAUCACUCCUUUUCAGCAUUGCAGAGGGUGUGCUAGGGAAGAUAGCGUCACCGGCGCUCCAAAAAGCCAUCGCAAUUUUCGACUUUAAAAAUCAGAUUCAGGAGCUUAGAGGGACGUUGACUGCCAUUAAGGCGGUGCUGUUGGAUGCGGAGGAGCAGAAGGCGAAGAACCACCGUCUGCAAGUGUGGUUAGAUGGGCUCCAACAUGUAUUUUAUGAUGCGGAGGAUGUGCUCGAUGAAAUCGAGUGCGAAGCCUUAAGGAAGCAGGUGAUAAGUCAGUAUGGGGGCAUCAAAGGGGAGGCACUCCACUUCUUUUCCCUCUCUAAUCCACUAAUACUCCGUGCAAAACUCAGUCAUAAAGUCAAGGAGAUAAGGGAAAGAUUAUCCAGAAUUUCUACUGAGAAAGAUCGAUUCGAUCUUAAUGUGCGGAGCGUUAACAAUGGUGGGGCACAUAUGCACUCACGAGAGAUGACUUACUCAUAUGUAAACAAGUCCGAUGUCAUUGGAAGAGAUGCUGAUAAAGAAAAGAUAAUUGAGAUGUUGAUGCAGCCGAUAGAUGACAAAAACCUCUCAGUGAUUCCCAUUGUAGGAAUAGGAGGUCUGGGCAAGACGGCCUUAGCUAAAUUAGUUUACAACGAUGACAGUGUGAGAGAGCAAUUUCAGUUGCGACUAUGGGUGUGGGCACCAAAGGACUUCGAUUUAAAGAAAAUUAUUGAAGGAAUUAUCAAAGAUGCAACUGGUCAUAGUUUGAGUAACUUUGAUAUUCAACAAUUGCAAACACGUUUGCAAGACACCAUCAAAGACAAGAAAUAUUUACUUGUCUUGGAUGGUGUAUGGAGCAAUGACCGCCGUAGAUGGAAAGAAUUGAGAGAUUUGCUAAGCGUAGGAGCUAGUGAAAGCAAGAUAAUUGUGACAACACGUAGUUUAGAAGUUGCUUCUAUAAUGGGUACUCAUCCAGCACAUAAUCUAAAAGGUCUUUCUCAUGAAAAGUCUAUGGCCUUAUUCAAAAGAUGGGCAUUUGACGAGAAGGAAAAGGAGCCUCGUCCUGAACUCCUUGAGAUUGGACAUGAUAUUGUUGAAAAAUCACUAGGAGUGCCUCUCCUUUUGAUAAUUUUGGGGAGUCUACUUCAUGCAAAGGACGAGGAAACGUAUUGGGUGUAUAUAAGAGAUAGCAAAACAUGGGAGUUAGUGGAAGUAGAAAAGGACAUUCUAUCGGUACUUAAGCUUAGCUAUGAUGAUUUACCAUCUCACUUAAAACAGUGUUUUCCUAUCUUAUCACUUUUUCCUAGAGGAACAAAAAUUACCGCUGAUGAUUUAGUAAGGCAAUGGAUGGCUUUUGGACUCAUUAGUUCGGUAAGGGAAAAACUAGCAAUGGAAGACGUUGGUGUUGAGUACGUCAAAGACUUGUGGAGGAGAUCUUUGAUCCAGGAUGUUGAGGAGACCGGAUCAAUAUUAUCUUUUGAAGUGCACGAUCUAGUCCAUUCUCUUGCAAUGAGUGUGGCACAAAAUUAUUGCUCUAUUGUUGAUUUAGAUACUAUGGAGAUUUCAGAAAGAGUUCGGUAUGUUUCCAUCCCUACUGCUUCAUUAGACGAAAUUUCAAAUUACGAUGGAGUCCCACCUUUUCUGAGAAAGAAAACUGCAAAAAAGUUGCGUGCAAUUAUGUUUCAAUACAUAGUUGAUGAUGGAGUCAUUACUAGAAACUUUGCUAGAACAUGCUUCUCCAAGUGUAGCCACUUACGGUUUCUCAAUUUGUCGUAUGGUAGCUUUGAAGAGCUGCCAAGUUCCAUAUGCAACUUGAAGCAAUUGAGAUCUUUACUUCUCUUUGAGAACAAGCAAUUGAAGAAGCUACCGGAUGCGAUAUCAAAAGAGUUUGCAAGAAAGCAGAAUACAAUAUCUGGAAAACUUGCAAUUGUUGGGACUUGA